AUUCACGUCGUGCAAAAUACAAAAAACAAAGCGUUUCGUUGUGAAACUUUCAUCAAACACAGACCCUAAGCCGGCCUGCAUUAUUAUUUCCUCCGAUCCGAACCAAAAAAAGAAAUGGCUUCAGCAGCACCAAAUCUCCAUGCCAACUUUGGACUUCCAGUCUGCCUCUCAGGGAUCCCUCUCCCUCUCCCUCAAGAGAUGGCGGAUCAUGAUCGCCGGAGAAAAGCCAUGAAAACCCCGGCGGCGGCGGCGGCGUUUGAACCAAAAGAUACCUGGGGGAGCAGUAGUGGCGCAGAGAGGGGAAAUCAAACAAGCCCCGGACCCGGAGAUUCUGAUUUCGCUUCUGUCUUGCGUGAUCUGGGUUCCAUCUCUUUGGGUCGUACAGCCAAGGCUGCAUAAGUGCAUAUAUAGUACUCUCAUCUCUCCAGAAUGUAUCUUUAAUUUAAUUUGUGUUAGUAUAACCUGUGAUUUGAUUAGCAAUUGUUGGCGUUUUCUUAUUAAUGGACUUCUUGUCGGUUUCUCUCUCCCUGUACAUUUGUGCUAGAUCUGGUUUCUUCAAUUCA